GACCGGGUUCGAAACCACCACCGGUAUAUGGGGCCAGCGCCCUACUCACUGAGCCGCAGGCGCCUCCCAUAAACACUAAAUUUUAAUCCUUUGAUGGGGCACGCUGUUCCUGGAGAUACUGCAAUACCAGGUCGAUGCAUGGACUGGGCUGAGCAAACUCCUCGUUCAUUUUCCUGCUCCCCAAAUACAUUUAUUAUGUCGUCUGUCCUUGGAUAGAAUAUUAAAGCGGUAAGAACAUGUACUACACUUGAUCAUGGCCAAAAGGCCGAGAAGCGACAGACAGACUUUUAAAAGCACAUUUUACCUACAGAUUUCCAUGGAAACCAACCAAAAGAAAUCAGAAAGCAGACACAUUGCCGGGCCAUUUCUAUGCAGAUCAGAAUCAAUGUCGCAUUUUCAUUAAGGCAGCAUUGUUUUUCCAACAAGGUCUCGGUGUUUACACAGCAACAAUUCCUCCAGAUAGUUUUAUUUUAAACUUACUAACUUACAUACUUCAGCCAACUGCUUUCAAAAUCUUUCAGUCUUUUAUAGUGAAGUUAAAGUACCACCUUUAUCUCGGCUCGAGAAGUCUAAUCCCAGCAGGGAAGUGCCAUGCGGGCAUCCUUUUGAUGUGAUGCAGACGUCGCUAUACACCUUGGCUGCGAAGCUGAGGCUGUGCUUUGAAACUGCCAAGAGCCUGUGCCUGCCAUUUGGUGUAUUACCAGCAUCGCAACAUGGGCACGGAAAGAUGCUUUCUCCCUCUGUUUAGCACUAAAAAGAGUUAAAAAACAAAGUCCCUCCAAACAAAAAACAAACCCAACAGGCAUCAAAACCGUCUAAGCGCCUAGGGAAAGCGCGCCAACCACACAAAGAAGAGAAGGGGGGCUACUGGGAUUCAAAAUCAUUUCGCCGGGACGUACACCCUCGUGGACCUAUCGCAGUUAACUGCGCGCUUAGUCAUAGCCAACAGACAUAGAGUUUCUGGUCCAGAUCCGCCCUGAAGACUGAUAGACAUUCACAUAGCCCAAUAGAAUAGUAUAACGCUAAACAAUCAACCAAUACAUUUGGGAGGUGGGUGGAGUGUGGGCUAGGGGGUUGGCGGUGCCGUGUCAUGGAGGCUCAGUCUCUGAGCAGCCAUUGAAGGGGUAGGAACUUCGGGGCUGUGUGUGUGUGUGUGUGUGUGUGUGUGUGAGCGCGUGCGCGUGCGUGUGUAGACAAGGAGGUGGGGGCAGCUGAGUUAGAGUCCCAACUCCUUGGACUCCAUUUGCUAUUCUCUUCUUUCUCCCCCGCAUCUAUAUGGUGGUAGUGGGCGUUUAUAUUUGCGUUUCUUUUCAUUCAUUUCCAGAUCUCUUAAAAUUUUUGGGUAAGGGGUAGUGGGAAAGGAAAGGGAAAGGGAGAAGAGUAGCAGCAGAAGAGCAGGAGGACAUGGAGAUGAAGAAGAGGAUUAACCUGGAGUUAAGGAACAGAGCUCCGGAGGAGGUGACAGAGUUAGUUCUUGAUAAUUGCCUGUGUGUCAAUGGGGAAAUUGAAGGCCUGAAUGAUACUUUCAAAGAACUAGAGUUUCUGAGUAUGGCUAACGUGGAACUGAGUUCACUUGCCCGACUUCCCAGUUUAAAUAAACUUCGAAAAUUGGAGUUAAGUGACAAUAUCAUUUCUGGAGGCUUAGAAAUUCUUGCAGAGAAAUGUCCAAAUCUUACCUACCUCAAUCUGAGUGGAAACAAAAUCAAAGAUCUCAGUACAGUAGAAGCUCUGCAAAAUCUUAAAAAUUUGAAAAGUCUUGACUUGUUUAACUGUGAGAUCACAAACCUGGAAGAUUAUAGAGAAAGUAUUUUUGAACUGCUGCAGCAAAUCACAUACUUAGACGGAUUUGAUCAGGAGGAUAACGAAGCACCAGACUCUGAAGAGGAGGAUGAUGAGGAUGGAGAUGAAGAUGAGGAGGAAGAGGAAGAUGAAGCUGGUCCACCCGAAGGAUGUGAAGAAGAGGAUGAUGAUGAGGAGGAGGAGGAGGAUGAAGAUGAAGCGGGCUCAGAAUUGGGAGAGGGAGAAGAGGAAGUGGGCCUCUCAUAUUUAAUGAAAGAAGAAAUUCAGGAUGAAGAAGAUGAUGAUGACUAUGUUGAAGAAGGAGAAGAAGAGGAGGAAGAGGAAGAAGAAAGUCUUCGAGGGGAGAAGAGGAAACGAGAUGCUGAAGAUGAUGGAGAGGAAGAAGAUGACUAGAUCAUUCUAAGACCAGAUUCCCUAAUGUUCCUGGAUGUGCAAUAGAGUGAUCACAUCUUCUUUGUUUCUCUAUGUAUGAUAGUUGUUCCUACAGAAGAUAAUGUGUAACUUUUUACAGGAAAAGUGUGGUUUUACUAUUUUUGCCUUAUCAUUCCAAAUAAGAUUUAUUAGUCUGUUAGUGAUUAUAUUGUAUGUAGAGAAAAUUUUUCAUUGGCCCCCCAAUUGUGAAAUUCUCUAGUGAUUUAUUUAGAAUUUUAAUUUUUCUUUUUUUUUUUUUUUGGCCAGGGCUGGGUUUGAACCCACCACCUCUGGCAUAUGGGACCGGCGCCCUACUCCUUGAGCCACAGGCGCCGCCCUAGAAUUUUAAUUUUUCUAAUUCAAGCUCAUCGUAUUAGUCAUUUUUAGUCCAUAAUUAAAACAUGAUCACUUUUACACAGGUGUAAUGUGAUGCAUUUCAUUUAUAAGGUUUUAAAGUUAUUUAUAAAUUAAUUGAAAUUAUAGUCAGUAGUAAUAUGAAAUGACAGUAGUCUCUUGAAUGAUGGAUUGGUUUUUUUUUUUUUUUUUUUGAGACAGUCUCAUUCUGCCACCCUGGGUAGAGCACUGUGGCGUCAUCAUAGCUCACAGCAACUUCAAACUUUUGCACUCAAGGGAUCCUCUUGCCUCAGUCUCCCAAGUAGCUGGGACUAUAGACGCCAGACACAACGCCCGUCCCCAGACACAACGCCUGAUAGUUUUUCUAUUUUUAGUAGAGACGGAGUCUCACUCUUGCUCAGGCUGGUUUUGAACUCCUGAGCUCAGGCAAUCUACCUGCUUCAGCCUCCCAGAGUGCUAGGAUUACAGAUUUGAGCCACCAUGCCCAACUCGGUUAUUUUUUUUAGAGGUGAUACAGAGAUCUUUAGUUUGAAGGCAAUGACUUUUUUCUUUUUUUAAGAGUAUUUGAGUGCUUUUUUGGUCACAUGAGUAACUUGGAAUGUAGAAGCAGAAUAGUAAAGGUUCUAUUCAGCAGUGCAGUUAUGGAUUUUGUGGAAGUUCUCUUCUGUAACAUAGUUUGUAGAUUUUGUGGUGACUGAAAAGAUUUUCAUUUUGAAGGAAAAUUUGUUUAUGCUAAGUCCAGAGAUAGGCAAGUAAAGCCUUUCUUCAGGCUACACAUCAUGACAUACCAAUGGUUGUUUAUUUUGUUUUGUGUUUAGGUGUGAUUCUUUUUCUUCUCAGCAGUUCUUUUAUGAUGACCUUCCCUUGUCCGCUCCAUUCCCUCUAUCUUAGAAGAAAGUCGAGAAACUUGUGGAUACCUAGGAAAAUCUUUAGUCUUAGGCCUCAACCACUCUCAGAUCUGAGUUUUAAAUAAGCAAAGUGAAAAUAAUUGAGUAUUUUAUGAGCUACAAAUGUUAUCAAUAUAGUUUUAUGCAACAAGCUCUGCUUACUGUUAAUCUUUCUUGGUCAAUAACAUCUAAGACUGUAUUAGUAGGAAAAAAAAGAAAAUCAGGGGAGGCUUUUGGAAGCAGCAUUAGUAUUCCUCAAAUGUCACAAUUGCCUGUUGACAAUAAGAUAUUCAAGUCAAAUGUUUAAGUUGGCUUCUCAGAUGAUUUGGAUGUCACUCUGCAAAAUAUUUCUAAUUUUUCUGAGUAGAACCUUUAAUUAUUCCUAAUGUUUUAAAACAUUACCAGUGGGACGGCGCCUGUGGCUCAAAGGAGUAGGGUACCGGCCCCAUAUACCCGAAGUGGCGGGUUCAAGCCUGGCCUAAAAACUGCAAAAAAAUAAAUAAAUAAAGUUUUAAAACAUUACCAACUAUAGCAUUUAAUUGGAAUAUAUUAGGCAGUAGGAAAAAUAUUUCAAACUGAGUUGGUAUUAAAAUUAAGAUUUGUUUUUAAGUGGAUGUCCAUUAAAAAUAGAAAAAUAUUUGGGAUAAGUGUGUGUGUUUCUUUAUAUGGCUACUAAAUAAAAUAUAAUAAGUAGACAACUACAUCUCCCUUUUUGUCAUGAAGGCUCCGUGUUCAAGGCAAUUGCUUUGUAAGUCUUGGUUAUCUAAAAUUUUUUCACUUUAUUUUGAAUAUCUGUAAAUAUUUAAAAUGUUAGUAUUAGCAAAUUGAAAUUAUGCUUCUAUACGGGGAUACAUUUAAAUUACUGAGUAUACUACUGCUGCUGCUUUUUUAGGUUUUUUUUUUUUUUGUAGAGACAGAGUCUCACUUUAUCGCCCUCGGUAGAGUGCCGUGGCCUCACACAGCUCACAGCAACCUCCAACUCCUGGGCUGAAGCGAUUCUCUUGCCUCAGCCUCCCGAGUAGCUGGGACUACAGGCGCCCCCCACAACGCCCGGCUAGCUUUUUUAGUUUUAAAUGUAUGACUUUACUUAGUUUUAAAGUAAAGAUUUUGAAGUUAUUUGUGGAGAAACUAAAAAUGUUGUAUAACUGACUGAAAUAAAACACUUAGGAUAACUUUAGUAGUAUGGAGAUUGGAAUCUCCAAAAGACUAACAUUUUUCUUCUGAUUUUAAAAAUUCAAAUGCCUGUUGUAGUCCUUAAGAAUUUUCAUUGCAUCCAUACUAUGCCAGAUUAUAAAAUACUUAUUUUUAAAAUGAAACUAUAUAUUGACUUUCUUAUCAAUCAUCUUACUGUGCAAUCAAAAUUAGAGUUCUUUGGUUUGAAAACAACACUUAGAGCCUCCUGAUAAUUUUUAAGACUUAUUUAGCUUGGCAGGUGGUAUUUUCAUGCAAAUAAGGGUGGGUUUUAUAUUUUGUAGAGGUUUUUGGUCCUAUUUUAAUGCUCUUUGUAUGGCAGUAUGUAUAUAGUAUGUUAAGUUUCUUGAGAAUCUCUCCUUAAAAACUUUGAAGUUAAUACUUUUGUGCAACUGUGUUUUGAAUAAAGCCAUGACAGUGUUAAAAACAAAAAAUGCAGUACUCUUAAUUAUUCUUUUAUUGUUUCUGACUGUUCCUUGUUUUUUUCUGUGUCUGCUGUAACUUAAGUUUUUGAAACUGAAUUGCUUCAAAUAAACUGAAGAUUUGUCAUAAUUAUUA